AUGGUGUGUGUUCCGUGUAUAUUCCUUCCUAUUCUUUUAGCAAUCUAUUUGAAAUUUAUUCAACCUUAUGUGUUGAGAUUUCUACCUGAACGAUGGGUAACUUUUCUAGACCCAUAUCUAUACCCAACUUGCCCGGCGAAGCCUCCACCUCAAGUUAAGCAAGAUUCUAAUGAAUCAGAAAGUGCGCAAAGCUGUCCUUGUGCAAAAGCUGAGGAAGACUCGAAGAAGGACCGCUAA